UUUAACAGUAACAGAAUGUGAAUUUAACAAAGUAGCAGGGAGGAUGAUUCAACAAAAGAACAAAGCUGCAGCAGGUAAAAAACAUGAAGUCCUUAUCAACCACCCAAAACUCAACACUCUCAUAUUUCCAGUGGCGACCAAGAGCAACAGAGCAAGAGUCAUUGUUAGCAUUAUCUUAUUAUCUAAAAAUUCAGUCAAUCGUAAGCAGAUUGAUUGAUUUAUUGGUUGAUCUCCACCUUUUAGUUGUUUAUUUUACAGUUUAUUUAUUGGCUGUUUUGUGAUGGACUAGUAAUUUAGGGCACAUGGACAUGCACUUGAGGAACACGUGGGAAUAACAGAAGGAUCGAUGGCUUAGAUAAGGAUGAAGCAAAUGGCCAAGAACAUAUUCUUUGAUGUGACCUGGGGUACCACAGCAAAUCCAUGAGGCAAGCUCACAAGCACUGAACAGACCUCUGCCCCUGAGUGUAUGUAGGUUUCGAGGUUUUGAACUCCAAACAAUGGAGACAAAUGACAUGUGAUUUUGGAAAUGAUGCUGUAGACUGAAGUGGAGGUUCUAUAAAAAGAGGAUGGACAACAUUGACUGCUUCAGAGUUGUACAGAAGAGAAGAACAGGAAGGUGGACUAACAGAGUGGACUUCAAAAGAGAAAGAACCUGGAAAGAGAAUGAAAGCGUAAUUUGCUAAAGUAAACAGAAGAUUUAUUACAUUCUGGAAAUAUUUUUUUCACACUUACAUCUACAUUGUUGCAUGCAAUACCUCCCUAAUUUUUCAUGAAAGAAAAGGCCAAAUGUCAAGCAUGCCUUCUGUAAUGUUGAGAUGCAUGCUGCUGUGUAUGCUGAUGGGUUGGACUCUGUGUGCCUGUAUGCUGACGAAUCACACCCUAUGGAUUGAGAGGCAUGACUGUGCUCAGUGUGUAGCCAUCAACACCACCAUCUGCAGCGGCUAUUGUUACACACAGGAUACCAAUCUGAGGGGACGGUUCGGGAGGACUUUCCUGAUCCAGCGUAGCUGUGUCCCUCUCUCUUUGGUGUACCAGCCUGCCCGGCUGCCUGGCUGCCCUCAGGAUGCCAAUCCACAGAUGUAUUAUCCUGAAGCUCGCAGGUGCAGCUGCAGGCGCUGUGACACACGCUCACACCACUGUGUCCGCACGCGCAGGUUCUCUUACAACAGAUGUGCUUCAACCAUCCGAAGCAAGAACAAUCAUACUUUGGAAACCUGACAAGGUGCUAACAAAAGUAUGCAGAGAAAAUGGUGCUAGUUGAUGUGUUAUUGUAGUUCCUCAUAGCUCUUUAGUUUGUCAUGUUGUUAUUUGAGCAUUAGAGAAAAUAUUGCAAUAAAAAUAAAUUCAGCUUAUGCAUAACAGCUUCAGUGGUAUUACCUGUGUAAAUGAAUGAGAUGAAAAGAGUAACGGGAGUGAAUGAGGGCAUUAUGGGUACUCUUUGGAAUAGCUUUAAUAUCUGAACUCUCCUUGAGAGGGUGAUCCUCUUCUUUUGAAGAAGUCCUGAAUCUUUUUUCAUCCACUAUAUACUCAAUAUUUUCACCCUGUAGGCUAUUUUGUAUUUGCCUGAUAUAAAACCUUGUUGCAUAUUCAUGCUC